GAUCCGAUGCAUUAGUGAAGUCUAGUCAAGUUUUAUUUUCCCCACAGUCUGCAUCUUCUAAUGGCGCAACAAACCUUUGUGAGUAAUGACUUACCUAACUACUAUGCUCAACUAGUAGAAUUGCAAAAUCAUUAUCUUCAAUGGUUUAAUUUUAGUUUUGAACGACUUCCUGUGUUAUUUAGUAACAGCAAUAUACCUGACUCAUGGAAACCUCUACUGGGAGAGGUUUUUUGCACUCAGUUUAACCAACUUAAUACGAUAGCAGUCGUUUUAUCAUACAUUCGUGAAACCGAUUGGUUUCCAAACAGUGGUAAAUUAUGGUCUUUUACAAGAUUUUGUAGCCCUGCCGAUGUGAAAGUGGUUAUAAUUGGUCAAGAUCCAAGUGAUAGUGAUGGUACUGGCCUGGCGUUCAGUAAAGAUUCAGGGAUUUAUCCAUCUACACAGAAUAUUUUAGAAGAAGUUAAAAGUGAUAUUGGUGAACAGAACCUUAGACCAGAAUUUCGAACAGAUUAUGGAAAUCUUGACUACUGGGCUAAACAAGGAGUCCUUCUGUUAAAUUCAGCUCUAACAAACUCUACAUAUAAAUCACAUUUGUCGCUGGGGUGGAAUGUAAUUGUAGAAGAAUUAAUUAAAAAGUUACAAGCACUGAAUAAAAAUAUAGUGUUUAUGUUUUGGGGAGAGUGCGCUAAGGCAUUAAGAGGUGGUCUUGAGAAUAGGUUUGAGAUCCAUUACUGGAAUCAAUAUUCCGCUGGGCAUCCCUCUCCUAAUAAUCAAUUAAACAAUUUUUCGGGCUGCAAGCAUUUUUCGCAAGCCAAUGGAUGGUUAGUAGAACACGAUAUUAAUCCUAUUGAUUGGUGUCCAGUUCCUCCUCCACAAAUAGUUCCUAAUUAUGUAAUAUCGUGAAAUUUUAUUUUUCUACGACCGUUUAAUAAUGUGCUCAUUAUUCGCUAUUUUUUAAUAGAUAAUAGCACCCAUUACUAUACCCGUGAGUCUCACUACCGUGAGUGUACUAACAUCUGGUAAUCUAAGAGGUGAUAGAUGAUAACGUUAUUUCACAGGGAAUUUCGUGAUACAUCAAGUACAGUUAUCGACGGUUAACUUUUAUUGACACUAAUAUUUUAAGCUGUAAUUGUAGACAGCGUUAUUAUUUAUAAUUUGUAUUCGUUUGAAAAACGUUAUUUUGAUACUGGAUACUUAAAUAAAUUGGUUUAUUUUUGAUGUUGUUCGAUUCUACCAUAAUAAUAUUAUAUGGUAGAAUAAUCUGAUUACUCAUUACAUUUUUUAUGUUAUUUUCUGAUUGUCGGUCACAUAUUAUUAUCUAUUUGUCGAUUUGUCGUAAUUAUGUAUUUAAUAUUGUGAUUUUGUCAGUAUUAACAGAAAAAUGUGCAGUCGUAGCACAAAAGUUUGUAUGUCACGAAUUUUCAAUUAAAAAACUUUUGUGCCAAGAAGAAAAUAUGGGAAGCCGUGAAGCUGUUAACAAUAAUAAUUGAUGAUAAAAAAUUUAAAGGUUUAGGGCAAAUCUGUGAGCAAAAUAUAACUAAAGAACUACAUCACUUCUUUUACUACAAUAUUAAAGGAAGGGGAGAAGAUGAAGACGUGUAAAGAUAGUAUAAGUAUAUAGACAUUUCAUAAGCUUAAUAUGUAUUUGCAUGUUAUUAGAAAAAUAAAGUUUUUUAUUUAAAUAUA